AAAACAUGUUAACAUCGUCAUACGAAUAAAUAGCGACAGCCAUUUCUGUUGAAUAUGGCAAGCAAUGGUCAGAGAGAUACGACUUAGGUCUAACGUAUAAUAAAAACAUAAAGAAAAAUAAAUCAUUAUAAACAAUAAAAAAUAAAUAUAAAUAAUAAUUGUGACAUAAUAUUAAUUAAUAAGAUUGUUAAUAAUAUCAUUAAAAUGCGUACUGUUACGGAAAUUGAAACAAAUGUCCCGGCAUUUUUGGGUAAAUUAUGGAAACUAGUUGAAGAUCCUGAGACUGACGACCUUAUUUGUUGGUCAAUUAAUGGCAGAAGUUUUUUCAUCAGAAAUCCAUCACAAUUUGCUCGUGAUUUAUUACCACACUAUUAUAAACACAAUAAUAUGGCAAGUUUUGUACGACAAUUGAAUAUGUAUGGUUUUCACAAAAAAGUAUCAGUUGAAUUGGGAGGAUUAAAAUGUGACAGAGAUGAAAUGGAAUUUGCUCAUCAAUAUUUUAUCAAAGAUCAUCCUUAUUUAUUAGAACACAUUAAAAGAAAGAUUGCAUCAAGUAAAAUACAAGAUUCUCAUCCACCAAUAAAAACUGAAGCAAUGAAUAAAGUUUUGGCUGAAGUAAGAACAAUGCGUGGUAAACAAGAAAAUUUAGACUCAAAAUUAGUACAUAUGAAACAACAAAAUGAAUCAUUAUGGCGAGAAAUUUCUUUGUUAAGAAGAAAACAUGCAAAACAACAAGAAAUUGUUAAUAAAUUAAUACAUUUUCUGGUAACUCUUGUUCAGCCAAAUAGAAAUGGUGGAUUAUCUGUUAAAAGAAGAUAUCCACUGAUGAUUGAUUCUCAUCAACGUCACAAACAAUCAAAAACUCCAAAAUCUGGAACAUCACCAACUGGUCCAGUUAUUCACGAGUUACAUGAAACCGAACACAAUCCAGACUUGGAUUCAGAAUACAUUGUUGCAGAAAUAUUGGAAAAUCAUUAUCCAUCUGUACAAAGUCCCAAGUCUAUUGAUGGAUUAUUGGACAAUGAAAUUCAAGAAUCAGAACAACUUUUUGAACAAUCAUUGGCUGCUGACAAUGACGAUGAUGAUGAAUACCUUCAAACAUCGUUGAUGAGUCCAAAACGUAAACAUCCAUUGAAGCCAAAAAAAAAGAGGAAACACAAGAUGCCAGUGAAAAUAACGAUUCCACCAGCAGAUAAUGGAGGAGAUCUCAGGGAAGAAACACUAAUGGUCGAAAUGAAUUUGGAGGAUGAAGAGAUGGAAGAAGCUGUCGACACGAAAAAUAUACCAGUAAUUCCACCAAAAACAAAGGCAAAAAGAUCAGUGCUAAUGAAACCAAAACCAGUACCAGUUAAGACAGUUAGAAGUUCAAAACUUGCUGCAAUGGCUGCAAAUAUAAAUAAAAUGACUGAACAAAAUGACAGUGAUGAAGAUGAUGAUUAUGAUCAUGUUCAUGAUGAGCUAAUUACCGAUGAUAUAAAUGAUGAUAUAAAUGAUGAUGGUGAUGUAAAUUUAGAUAAUAUACUCACCAUUCCUAAUUUGGAAAAUCCGGAUAAUGUUGGUGCAAGUGGAUCAUUUAUAGACGGACAACAAAUUGUUGAAAAUAGUCCUGGAUCAAGUGAUAAUACACAAGAUUUGUCAUUGAGUUGUAUUAAUACCUUGUCAGGAAAUAAUACUACCAGAGAAGAGAUUGAUUCACACAUUAAUGAAGUUCAAGCUAAUUUUGAUAUGAUACGUGAUCAAUGUAUGCGAGGAGAACUUCAAGGUGUUGAUGCCAGUGUAUUCUUAGACAUGUUACAGUUAUCUAGUAAUGGCGAUUUAAUGUCUGAUUUUCCAAUGAAUCCUGAUUUUGAUUUGAUGCCACAUGAGGAUAAUUAUUCUGAGGAACAAACAAAUGCUGGUGGAGAAUUAAUGGCGUACAAUCCAUCUUCAAGCCUUUUAGAUUUUUCAGAUGGAAUGUUUACCAAUGAAAUUGAUAAUACAUCACCAGUUGGAACGACAUCAUCACUCACUGAAUGUUACAAUCCGGAUCCAUUGGAUCUAGAAGACAGCAAAGCAUUAUUGGUUGAAUCUCUACUCUCAGAUGCAAAUGCAAAUAAAAGUGGAAAUUCAUAAAUUAUAUACGUAUUUUAUGCCUGUCGAGAAAAAUAUUGGAUAAACUAGGCAGUAAAGAAAAAAGUAAAUUCACAAAUGAAAAAUAUAGUAAUAAAAUAUAAUAAAAUUAAAAUAAAGCAAAAAUUAAAAAAUACAUAAAAAGCAUCAUUUUAUAAAUAAUAUUAAUUAAAGUAAUUUUGUGCUAUUAUUUAUCAUACAUCACAAACAAAAUUAUUGAGAAAAAAAUCAAUUCAAAUGAAAUAAGCUUGAAUUCAACAUUUUUUUUUCUUUUUUACUUGUUUUUUUAACAAAAGGUUAAAAAAAAAAGAAAAUUCGUUAAUAAAUUUACGGUCCAGUUUAUGUUUAAAUUUAAAAAAAAUCAUAAAUUCAUGGAAAAGCCUUGAUUUAUCGAAAUUUGACAUGAAAUUUCAUCACAUAAUUUCACUCAAUAGUUCUCCAUUGUAGUAAAUUUAAUUUUGCCAUUGAAUUAAUAAUAAAAACAAUGAAAAUUUCGAAUCAUCAAAAUGUAGAAAUUAUCAUCUAUUUUUGGCGUUUAUUUAAUUUUGGAUGCGGGCAACCAAUUUUAAACCAUUCAUACGUAUAAUUAAUAUUAUAUUAUAUAAAAAUAUUAUACUAAAGGACUAAUCUUUUUUUUUUUAAUAAAUAAUAAAGGUAAUAAAGUUAAUACUUGAAAAAAAAGAAAAAAAAAAAAGUAAUUUCUCACCCCCCAAGACAUAGUACCUUACUUUAAUUAAUUUUUUAUUAAAUUAUGAAUUUAAUUGAUAAU